AUGUGGGGACGUGAGGGGCUGGUGGCCACCAAGGCCACCGUGGGGGGGCUUGUGGCCACCAAGGCCACCGUGGUGCUGGCCAGCCCUGAGCUCUGCCAGGCUGUGGAGGAGGUCCUGCCCGACCUGCGGCACGACGGCGUCUCCGUGUUCUACCUGAGCGCGGCGUCGCCCACGGCAGGUGUGGAGGCGCUGCUGCCCGCCAUCGAGGCCGCCCCCGCCGAGCCGCCGCCCGCCGGGCACCGCGCUGGCAUCAGCGCCAACUCCAAGGCCAUGUACAUCUACACCUCGGGCACCACAGGGCUGCCCAAGGCCGCGGUGAUCACGGAGCUGAAGAUGAUGAUGGUGGCCAGCCUGGCACGGAUCUGCGGGCUGCGGCCCGACGACGUCGUCUACACCACGCUGCCACUCUACCACUCAGCCGGGCUCCUGGUGGGGCUGGGAGGGUGCCUGGACGUGGGUGCCACCUGCGUCCUGCGCUCCAAGUUCUCGGCCUCCCAGUUCUGGCCCGACUGCCGGCGCUACAACGUCUCCGUCAUCCAGUACGUGGGCGAGCUCAUGCGCUACCUGUGCAACACGCCCCAGCGCGCCGACGACCGCGAGCACGGCGUGCGCAUGGCGCUGGGCAACGGCAUGAGGGCCGAGGUGUGGCGGGAGUUCCUGCGGCGCUUCGGGCCCGUGGCCGUCUGGGAGUUCUACGGCGCCACCGAGGGCAACGCCGGCUUCAUCAACUACACCGGCAAGGUGGGCGCCGUGGGCAGGGCCAACCCCUUCAUCAAGCUCUUCGCCCCCUUCGAGCUGGUCAGGUACAACGUGGAGCUGGACGAGCCCGUGCGCGACCACCGCGGGCUCUGCAUCCCCGCCAAACCCGGUGAGACGGGGCUGCUGGUGAUAAAGAUCACCAAGAGCGCGCCGUUCCACGGCUACGCCGGCGACGCGCAGAAGACCCAGAAGAAAAUCCUGAGGGACGUCUUGGCCAAGGGCGACGCCUUCUUCAACAGCGGCGACCUCCUGGUGAUGGACGCCGAGAGGUUCAUCUACUUCCAGGACCGCGUCGGCGACACCUUCCGCUGGAAGGGGGAGAACGUGGCCACGACGGAGGUGGAGGCCACGCUGGCCUUGGUCAGCUUCAUCCAGGAGGUCAACGUCUACGGCGUGGCCGUGCCGGGGUGCGAGGGCCGCUGUGGCAUGGCCGCCGUGCGCCUCAAGGACGGGGCCACCUUCGACGGGGACAAACUCUUCGCCUUCACGCAGGAGACGCUGCCCGCCUACGCCGCCCCCCGCUUCAUCCGCAUCCAGGAGGCGCUGGAGGUGACGGGCACCUUCAAGCAGUGCAAGACCCGCCUGGUGCAGGAGGGCUUUGACCCCAGCCUGGUGCGGGACCGGCUGUUCCUGCGCGACCCCGCGCGCCGAGCCUACGUCCCGCUGAGCGCCGCCGCCUUCCGCCUCAUCCAGCAGGGGCGGCUGCCGCUCUAAUUAGCGACAGCGACUCAUUAGGGGCUAAUUAAGCACUCGGGGCAGGUCUGGAGCACCUCGGGGCUGCUGGAAAUUAAACCAUCAAUUCACA